AUGGUACCAGCGACCGACGAUCAAAAAGACGGCCAGAACGAUGUGGAGCAAAAACACCUCGUACGAAGCGCGGCGCAACCACAGCACGCCCUGGAACAAAAGCGCCACGAGGCAAAGCAUGGCAACAAUGCUCCAUACCCAAUAGGCCGUAUGCACGUCGGUGUAAUACUUCCCCAGCCCGACGUAGGCGGUCAGCAUGGUGACGGAGUGAACGACGGCGUGGGCGACGCAGAGGCGGGCGACCCAGCGGUGGAGCAGCAAAGAGGCGAAAAAGGCCAGGCAGUUAACCAUAGCAAAAUAUUGUUCGUUAAAGGGAGCAGGAUAGAAGAUAUGUGGCCGGUGCAGUAA